AAACUGGAAAAGUAAUCUAUCAGACAGUCCUUAAAACCGGCUUUAAAAGCAUGUGUCAUCUUGACUUCACACUCUUAAACCACUCUUACUAGGAAAUAGCGAUUGAAGGACAUCGAGGCGUGAAGCGCACACACCAAAACUAAAACCCUUAAGAAGACUACUAGGCUACUCGACUGGAGAAAUAUUUUCUGAAGUUUAAGUUUCUCUGGCAGGCCGGUCUGACCUGCAUUUAGAAUCCGGCGACAUCCGAUCUGACGGCAACGGACGGGCCGCGCGCGCACCCUCACCUAGAUCCCUGGUUGUUCCUCGGUAAAGUAAGCUGUGAUGACCCUGUCUGGUGGCAACAGUGCCAACGACAUGUCCGGUCAGACAGUGCUCACUGCCGAGGAUGUGGAUAUCGACGUGGUCGGCGAAGGCGAUGAGGGAAUGGAGCGAGACAGCGACUGCGACAGCCAGGGGGGCAUGCAAGACCGCUCGGAGGAGGUGGAGGAGAUAGAAGUGAAGGACAGGUCCGGGAGUCCCUGCGAGAGCGCCGGGGAGGGAGAGACCAAAGCGGACGGCACGGAGAGCGCGUCGGGUGCCAUGAGCAGCAAGCCGAAAAACAGCCUGGUGAAGCCCCCCUACUCCUACAUCGCGCUCAUCACAAUGUCUAUACUCCAGAGCCCGCAGAAGAAACUCACACUCAGCGGGAUCUGCGAGUUCAUCAGCAGCCGGUUCCCGUACUACCGAGAGAAGUUUCCAGCCUGGCAGAACUCCAUCCGGCACAACCUGUCACUGAACGACUGCUUCGUGAAAAUCCCCCGGGAGCCGGGCAACCCUGGUAAGGGCAACUACUGGACACUGGACCCCCAGUCGGAAGAUAUGUUUGACAACGGCAGCUUCCUCAGGAGGAGGAAACGAUUCAAGAGGCACCAGCCAGACAUCCUCAGGGACCAGACAGCCCUCAUGAUGCAAAGUUUUGGGGCUUACAGUAUUGGGAAUCCUUACGGACGUCACUAUGGAAUUCACCCAGCCUACACCCAUCCAGCGGGGAUGUACCCUUACAUGCACCCUGUAGGUCCCAUGCUUCCCCCGACUGUCCCUCUCUUGUCCUCCGCUGAGCUGAACAGAAAAGCCUUCAACUCUCAGCUCAGCCCCAGCCUACAGAUGCAGCUAAACAGCCUGAGCACCGCGUCUAUGAUAAAGUCCGAGCCCUCCAGUAGACCGUCUUUCAGUAUAGAAAACAUCAUCGGGGUAUCCACUUCCUCGAGUGCACAGACUUUCAUGCGGCCUCCGGUGACUGUUCAAUCGGCGUUGUUGAGCGCACAUGCCCUAACCAGGACAACAGCAGCUAUUGCACCAAUGCUUAGCAUGCCAUCUAAUAUCAUGUCGGGACAGUUUUUACCCUCAGUAACCGCAGUGUCCAAAUGGCCUCAAUAGUCUCAAUAAAAUACUCACUUUUCUAGAGACUU